UUUUAUUUUACUUUUACAUUACAUUGAUUUCCAAAUUACACUUCCCUCUUCCCUAACCAGUGAGUCUUCCCCACUUAACAAGAUUCAAGAAAAACCAGUUUAGCAAAAACAUGCAGCAUUCCACAGAGUUCACCGGCUCUUCAGCCAAGAGGUGCACUUUUUCCUUCUUUUCUCUGGGUCCAAGCUUAGCCAUCAUAAUCACACAAUGUUCAUUUUUAAAAUUGUUCUUUCCAUUUACAUUGUUAAAGUCACUGGGCAAGUAGUUUCCCUGGUUCUGCUGAUUUUAUUAUCCAUCAGUUCAUUAAGUCUUCCCAUGCUUUUCUGAAUGUCUCAUGUUUCUUACAGUGCAGUAGUAUUCCAUUACAUUCAUACAACACAUUUGUUUACCCAUCUUGCUUUCUCAUCUAUAUAAAAAAUCCAUGAACAUAAUGGGGAUAUUCUUGAAAAAAAAUUGACCAGGAUACAGGCAUAUCUUCAGUCACACAACCGACUCAUGAAGUAAAAACUAAAUCCUGCUCUUUCCUUUUUGAUAUUUUAAUAAAAAAUUGAUUAGUAGAGGAAAAACCAUAAGGCCCUUUUCUGUUUUUUUUUAACAAGGUAUCUCUCAUGUCAAAGGCAUACAAGAUUCCUUGACAAUGUAUAGAGCAGACCUGCACAACAUACAGGCUGCCAAAGGAUUUUAGGCAACCCAUGAAAAAUGUAGGGUGGCCACUGCACAUUCUCCUGCUUGUCACGUGACCUGCGGCAACCACCGGUCUUCAGUCUGUUUCUAGUCUAACCUAUCUAUGGCCUAAAAAAGUUUCUAAGUUGUGCAGGUCUGGUAUAGAGUAUAAAUAUCAGAUUAAAGUAGGAGACACUAAAAGCAUUUCAGCAGCUUCAUGAUCCUGCCCAGAGUCCAAAUGGUACAGGAGUUCCCUAAUGAAGGCAAGGCUUUGUGCUGCUGUUUGCGGAUGACACUGGAUUAAGAACCAAUACGGGGGCUCCCCAAUGAGACGUAUUUAUAAAACUCGGACUGAAAUAUCUAUACAGAAAAAUACACUGGUUUGUGUAUUCAGAAUGAAUACUGUCAGAGCAUAUGAAGUUUUAUUGGCAUUUUAAUGCGUUAGCAUCUCUAUAUUGUACGGACUACAAAUGGAAAAGUGAGUUGGGCCCAAAACUGAAUAGGAGUGUGGAUGGCAUUACAUUUUGUGAAUUGUAUAGAAAUGCCAAUAAUUCCCAGCUGUUCCCCUGCCAUGAAAGCCUAUGGAACACCAUGACUUCAGAAAAAUCAAAACGUAGUCUAAAAAUGCACCAGAAAGAUACAUGGGAGGUAUAAGGAGUUGACAGCAGACCAAUGAUUAUUUGUACGUAACUGGCAAAGAAAUAGCAAGUACAUGGACGACUAACUAGUGUCAGUCCUAUCAAAAGUGGGAAACAAAAUACGGUCAACACCUCCCAAGGAUUUUCAUGUUAAGCACAAAAUAUUAGAAAACCCAGAGAAAGAUCUCCAGUAUAAUAUUUACAUCCUCCUUGAAGGAUUUAUGGAAGUUAAUGGAAAGUCUUACUCCAAUUUUUCAUCAUGGAGUGGGGACCCUCAAGUCAGGAAGGCUAAGUCACUGGUGAGCAAGUUCUGGAAAGUAAUGAUUUCAAGCAUGGUUCUAGAAAACGUCUGUGUCUAUUUUCCAGGGACUAGCCUAAAUGCAUACAGAGAAGCAUACUAACUAGCUUCACAGUAGGUAGACCAUAUAGUGAUGAAUUCUUUGCCAUGGUAGCCCACAAAACCAAGAAAAUACUUUAAAAAUCACCCUUUAGCCUCUUUCCCCUCGCUCAAGAUGGCGGAUGAAAAGCCUCCAAAGGAACCAAAGGAAAAGAAGGUCAAAAAGGAAAAAAAAGAGAAUAAAAAGCAAGAUGUGGCUGAAAAGGUGGUGAAAAAGCCUUGAAAGCAUUGCAGUCGGAACCCAGUCCUGGCCCGAGGGAUUGGUAGAUACUCCAAGUCUGCAAUGUAUUCCCGGAGAGCCAUGUACAAGCGGAAAUAUGCUGCACCAAAAACCCGGAUUGAAAGGAAAAAGAAAGAGAAGGUGCCUGCUACUAUCUCAAAGCCAGUUGGUGGUGAUAAGAAUGGAGGAACUCGUGUGGUAAAGAUUCACAAAAUGCCUCAGUAUUACCCUACUGAGGAUGUGCCUAGAAAGCUGCUAAGCCAUGGCAAAAAGCCCUUCAGCCAGCAUGUGAGGAGACUUCGAGCUAGCAUCAAGCCAAGCACUGUUCUGAUCAUGCUCACUGGCCACCACAGGGGCAAGCGAGUGGUUUUCCUGAAGCAGCUGGCUAGUGGCUUGCUACUGGUGACUGGACCUCUGACCAUCAACCGUGUUCCUCUGAGAAGGACCCAUCAGAAAUUUGUCAUUGCCACCUCUACCAGGAUUAACCUUUCAGGUGUAAAAACUCCAAAUCAUCUUACUGAUGCUUACUUCAAGAAGAAAAGGCUCCGUAAACCUAGACACCAAGGAGAGAUUUUUGACACAGAAAAAGAGAAAUAUGAGAUUACAGAGCAGCGCAAGGCUGAUCAGAAAACAGUGGAUUCUCAGAUCCUGCCCCAGAUCAAGAAAAUUCCUCAGCUCCGUGGCCACCUGCGUUCUGUAUUCUCUCUCUCCAAUGGAGUUUAUCCACACAAACUGGUGUUUUAAAUGCCUUUCAGAGAACUCUUAUUAAAAUAUUUGGAAUAGUUAAAAAAAAAAAUCACCCUUUAGCCUGUGCAGUGACAGAGGCAGAAUGAUGGAAAGGGGGAAAGACGAUGCUAAAAAUCAAUCUCUGCACUAUAUAUAAACAUAAAUAGACAUUAACUUUGUUGUCAGUACUCUAAAUGUGCAAUCCUUGUCCAAGAAAAUUACUGGAGGAACUGAAUCAAAAAUGCAAAGCUACCGCCAUAAAACUAAUAAGUCAGAAUCUAUUGAAGAAGAUGGAGUCAAAACAGUGGAGUAGCAAGCAAUACAUCCUAGCUCCCCUGAUACAAUCCCUCUACAAAGACCUAAAUAUGUGCUAGACAUAGGUCAUGAUUGGGUAAUCAAUCUAGGGAGAAAAAAAUCCUAGGGAGUCAUUUCCCAGCCCAGAUGAGCAUAAAGAGAACAGCAGAGAGAGCUAUGGAUCCCGGGGAAGAGGUCUGGACAGAAGCACCCACAGAGAAUUCUAGGACCCAGGGACUGAGGACCAAGACUGUACACUGGGGCAGAAAGAUGUCCUAGAGGCUGCCAGGCUCUAAUGCAAGAUGUAGGAAAAGGUGCAGUGACAGCUCUAUUGCUCACUACUGCUUUCUAGGUCACAGAUCUAAGGCAGACUGAGGAAGGGGUCUGUGUCUGGCAGGGCUCAAAGAACAAGUUCAGGAACAAGCCAUAGCUGUGUGGCUCUGGUCCAAGGGACAAAGUAGACACUCAGUUCCAACCUCCAGUCCAGGAUGAAUACUCAAGCAAAAUAACCAGGGUAGGAAUCCCAGACCAAAGGGGAGCCUUAAGUUCUGCCACUCUGAAUCUAAGGAGCUCCCCAGCUGGCGAAGAGGGACUGAGUCCUUUACAAGGGCAACCCCACAGGUAUGUAGCUCAAACCCAAACAUGGGUCAGGGCAGGGAGUAGAUACUGCCGUAGAUCGCACCACUUUGGGAGCACUGAAGGCUUGUAGUGCCCCUGACCUGAGCUGUCCCUGAGAUACUGGAAUAACACAACACCCAAGAAAGCAGCAGUAGGACCCACAAGGACAAAAAUUCCGCUCAGAUAUCACCCCCAGACAGUUCACAGAGCCUGGCCCUAACUAAAAGUCUGAAGUCAGGAACUGGGUU